AAUGGUUCAAUUGCUUCCACCGCCGGUGAUGAGAAACCUGGUCGUUCCGCCUCUGUCUACAGCGAAGUCCAGACUAGCCGUCUUAAAGUUUUCUUGCCUCUCCCCUCCGUACUCAAAUCCUCAUUUGAUGUCGUCGAUGGUCCUAAGAGCUCCGCCACCGGCAAUCCAGACAAGAUCGCUAAGCUCUUUCCGAAGCUGUUCGGGCAGCCAUCAGCAUCCUUAAAGGCUGGAGGCUCAUUACCAGAGCAGAGUCUAAAGAUUGGUGUUGUUCUAUCUGGAGGACAGGCUCCUGGUGGACACAAUGUGAUUUCUGGAAUUUUUGACUAUUUGCAGAGUAGGACCCAAGGCAGCACAAUGUAUGGAUUUAGAGGUGGCCCAGCUGGAAUUAUGAAGGGUAAAUAUGUUAAGUUGACAGGCGAUUUUGUCUAUCCUUACAGAAAUCAGGGUGGCUUUGAUAUGAUCUGCAGUGGAAGGGACAAGAUUGAAACACCUGAGCAGUUUAAAGAGGCUCAGGAAACAGUCAAGAAGCUUGAAUUGGAUGGCCUUGUUGUCAUUGGUGGGGAUGACUCAAAUACAAAUGCUUGCCUGCUAGCAGAAGACUUUAGGACUAAUGACUUGAAAACUCGGGUUAUUGGAUGCCCAAAGACUAUUGAUGGCGACUUGAAGUGCAAAGAAGUCCCGACAAGUUUCGGAUUUGACACUGCCUGCAAGAUCUAUUCAGAAAUGAUUGGAAAUUUGAUGGUCGAUGCACGUUCCACUGGGAAGUAUUAUCACUUUGUAAGGUUAAUGGGCCGUGCUGCAUCACACAUAACCCUGGAAUGUGCUUUGCAGACUCAUCCAAACAUAACAAUCAUUGGAGAAGAGGUUGCUGCCCAAAAGCAGACAAUGAAGAAUGUUACAGAUAAUAUAACAAAUAUAAUCUGCAAACGUGCAGAAGCUGGUUACAAUUAUGGUAUUAUCCUCAUACCAGAAGGCUUGAUUGAUUUCAUUCCAGAGGUGCAACAACUUAUUGCAGAGCUUAAUGAAAUUUUAGCCCAAGAUGUUAUUGACAAAGAAGGAGCAUGGAAAAAGAAACUUCGGAGCCAAUCUCAUGAGCUGUUCGAGAUAUUACCAAACGCAAUUCAGGAACAACUUUUGUUAGAAAGAGAUCCCCAUGGAAAUGUGCAGGUUGCGAAAAUCGAAACUGAAAAGAUGCUCAUUCAAAUGGUGGAAGCUGAACUAGAGUCAAGGAAAAAGGAGGGUAAAUAUAAGAAGGAAUUCAAAGGGCAGCCACACUUUUUUGGUUAUGAGGGUAGAUGUGGUUUGCCAUCCAACUUUGACUCAAACUACUGCUAUGCUUUGGGUUAUGGUGCUGCAGCUCUGCUUCAUUCUGGGAAGACAGGAUUGAUUUCUUCGGUGGGUAAUUUGGGAGCUCCAGUUGAAGAUUGGACAGUAGGUGGGACGGCACUGACAUCUUUAAUGGACGUUGAGAGGAGACAUGGCAAGUUUAAGCCUGUGAUUAAGAAAGCAAUGGUGGAACUUGAAGGUGCUCCUUUCAAAAAGUUUGCAUCUAUGCGCGAUGACUGGUCCUUAAAGAACCGCUAUAUCAAUCCAGGGCCUGUUCAGUUCGUGGGUCCAACCGCUGAUGUUAUCAACCACACACUACAGUUGGAACUCGGAGCCCAAGCGUAACUCAUAUUCAAGGUUUACAUUAAUUUACA